GUUCGAGUGAAAAUGGACUCUUCCUACAACCAGCAUCAGUGCAAGCAGACUCCCACCUUGCCACCUGCCCUGUGCAAACCAGUGCCAUGCCAAUCAGAGCACCAAUGCAAGGAGCCCCCAGUGGUGGUCAUCCCGACUCCAUGCCCAGAGCCGAAACCGUGUCCUCCUCAGGAGCCGCCAUGCAAGGAGCCCCCAGUGGUGGUCAUCCCGACUCCAUGCCCAGAACCAAAACCGUGUCCUCCUCAGGAGCCGCCAUGCAAGGAGCCACCAGUACCAACCCCAUGUCCUCCUAAGAAACAAGACCCAUGUCCUCCAAAGGAGCCAAUACAGUCUUGUCAACAGAAGUCUCAAUGCAAGGAGCCCCCAGUGGUGGUCAUCCCAACUCCAUGCCCAGAGCCGAAACCGUGUCCUCCACAGGAGCCUCCAUGCAAGGAGCCACCAGUGGUGGUCAUCCCGACUCCAUGCCCAGAACCAAAACCGUGUCCUCCUCAGGAGCCGCCAUGCAAGGAGCCACCAGUACCAACCCCAUGUCCUCCUAAGAAACAAGACCCAUGUCCUCCAAAGGAGCCAAUACAGUCUUGUCAACAGAAGUCUCAAUGCAAGGAGCCCCCAGUGGUGGUCAUCCCAACUCCAUGCCCAGAGCCGAAACCGUGUCCUCCACAGGAGCCUCCAUGCAAGGAGCCACCAGUCGUGGUCAUCCCAACUCCAUGCCCAGAACCAAAACCGUGUCCUCCACAGGAGCCUCCAUGCAAGGAGCCACCAGUCGUGGUCAUCCCAACUCCAUGCCCAGAGCCGAAACCGUGUCCUCCUCAGGAGCCGCCAUGCAAACAGCCACCUCCCUGUGACCAGCAGCAGAAGAAGCAGCCAUGUUCAUGGCCACCCCAGAAGAAAUGAGCAAGUAAGAAAAAUGGGUGAAGAAACUCAAUCCCCUCCAAGUCUACAACUUACCACAUCAAAUAUACCUCAUCUUUGUAUUCCUUGAAAAUGCUUUAAGAAAUUCUGCUAACGUUGCACAAGUUUUGUUCGUAGGUUAAUCCUAGCGAAUAAUAUAAUGUCCAUCAAUGUGAUUAUGCUUCCAUUACCAAUUAGAAUGGAUUUUUCAAUAGGGGUGCAAUGCAGUCUCAAAUUUCUUUUGGCAUUUUAUCUUCAUGUUAGUAAUACUGUUGCAUUUAUUCUACCUUAGCAGUCAUAUUUCUGAUAGUAUCAUUAAUCUGUAAAGUUUAUAAUUACUUAUUAUUCUUUGUACCAUUCAUACACCAUGAAAGGAGGUGUGCUGGGGGACUCGGCUGAUUCUUAACGUGAGCAGUUCUCAAAGAACCUAACAAGGUUGGGUGUCCGUGAAAUGUGAAGCUAGCUUUGACCCCCAAAGGUCAA